AUGGCUGAAGGUUUGGCAGUCCUUAUGGCUCUCACUCAAGCGCGAGAUAUCGGCAUCACACAACUCACAAUCGCCUCAGAUUCGCAGCAGCUAAUCAAGGCAAUUCACAAGGAGACUUUCACAAAGGAACUCCACGGGAUUCUUCACGACAUCCUGGAUCUAUCGUUUGAUUUUGAGAAAAUCGAAUUUCUCUUUGUUCCGAGGGAGAUGAAUCGGAAAGCGGAUAAUAUUGCGAAACAAGCUUUGGCUAAUCUUUGUAAUGAACCGGUUUAG